AUGCCAAAAAAGAUAAUCAAAAAAACUAUCCAACUUAUUGAUGAUGAAGAGGAUGAUAAGAAAGUAGAACUUUCAAUACAAUCAAAUCCAUUUGUAAAAAGAAACACAAAAGUACACCAAAAAGAAGAAAAAACAGAAAACUCACCUUUACAAGGAUUAAAAUUAGAAGGAGAAUUUUUUGUUUUAACAAAAAGACAAUUUAAAAGAACAAGAGAUGGAAAAGAAAAAAUUGUUAAUAAUGAAUUCAGUGAAAGGAGUGUUCCUGUUAAGAAAUGCAAAAAGAAAAAAAUAACAAAAACAAUUAGUUUUGAUGAAGAAAAUGAUGAUUCAGAAUUUUUUAUAUCUUCAGAACUAUGCAACUCACAAAAUGCAUCACAAAGAGAUUUAAGUCAAUUAAAUGAACUUAAACUAAACAACAAUAUAUAUCAAGUAAAAUACACGAGUGAAAAAGAACCAAUAGUAUUCACUCAACGCUCAUUUAAAAGAAAUAGAAUGAAUGGAGAAGAAAAGAAACAAAUUAUUGUUAUUAACCAAGAACCUAAACGUGUUAAAAAAACAAAAGUCAUUAAAAAAAGUUGUUCUGAAAAUGAAGAAUUUGUUGGAGGUCAUACAAUUAUUACACAAAAACCAAAACUAGAAAAUGUUUUUAAUUCUAUGGUUUUUUCUAGUUUUAUUCAUAAUCAUGCUACUAAGUUUACUAAGAAAGGAAGAAAAAUUGCUCAAAAAAUUGCAUUUAAUGAAAUGGAAAUAGACGUCUUUAAAUCUGGAAAUUUAUCAACGAAUUCAUUAGAAAAUGGGUUAUGUAAAAGGGAAGUUGAAGUUAUUUGCCAAAGAAUGUUUAAAAGAGAUAGAAAAACUGGUGAAUUAAAAACAAAAAUACAACAAAAGAUUGAAAAUAAAGGAAUUAAAAAAAUAAUAAAGAAAAAAGUGGUCAAAACAAUAAGACAAGAUGAUUUAAAUGAUAACAACUUUUUCGAAGAUAUGAAAAACGAAAGUCAUAAUUUAUAUGAAAAAAAAAUAAUCAGAGAAAAACCAGGAAAAACAACAAUGAUGAUAGUUGAUAAAGAACUAUAUACAAAAGACGAACAACCUAUAACUAUGGCUCAUUGUUUCAGAAGAAAUAAAAAAAAUCCAGAAGUUGAAAUGAAAUUUAAGUAUGGAAUAAUUCAAAAAGAAUUAACUGACGAAGAGCAAGUAAAAAUUCGUAAGAAGAAAGUGAUUAAGAAAAGUGUUAAUUUUGAAGAUAGCGAUGAGGAAAAAGAAAAACCAAAAACAAGUAAAAAGAAGAUUAUAAAAAAGACAACUCAUUUUAAUGAUGAUGAAGAUUCAGAAACCAAAAUGGAAAAGAUAAGCGUUCAUAAGAAAAAAAUAAUCAAAAAGACAUUAAACUUUAAUGAUGAAGAAAAUGAAAUAAAAGAAAAGAUAACAGAAAAACCAUCACCUCAUAAAAAGAAAAUCAUAAAAAAGAUCACAUCUUUGGAUGAUGAUGAACAACCAAAAAAAGAAACAACUGUUAAUAACUCUUCAAAUAUGUUAAAAGGAAUUAAAAAAGUAACUAAAAAAUUAAAUAAAAAGAAUUCAAAAAAAAUUAGUGUUUCAUUUACACGAUUUGAAAUGGACUUUGACAAUUAUAAUGAUGAAAGCUGGUUAUCUGACUGUGAAAAUUUUUCUAAUGAAUAA